AUGGCAGAAUUCCAAAACACUCGUUUGUAUGCUGGCUCGCUGCUCGAAAUAGAAUGUACACCCGUGAUAGACUCAGGAGUUGGGGUCUUAAUGUGUCUCCGAGCUGCUUUCUAUGUGAUGUGGAUGAUGAGACUCUCCAACACAUCUUCUUCGAUCAGCCAUGAAAUCUGGCACGCUUUCUUCAAUUCAAUGCAUUUAUCACCUCCAACAGGGUUUGAGCAAUGUAUUCUAUGGUUACUUUCUCCAUCAUAUGAUGCAAACAUCACUCUUGUCAUAAGACUAGCUUUUCAAGCCUCUUUAUACGGGAUUUGGAGAGAAAGAAAUGCUAGACUUCACUCCUCGAUAUCGACUCCUGGCCUCACUCAUUAUCAAAGGCAUCAAACAAACGAUCUGUUGUAG